AUGCUGCAUCACUGGUUUAUAAACACUGACGGGAAUGGGGCAACAAUAAGGACAAUAUUAUUUUAUCGACCAUACAAUUCUUGUAAAGAAACUGGGUAAUUUGAUAAAUAAUAUAUAUAUAAUAAAUAUAUAUAUAAUAAAUAUAUAUAUAUAUAUAUAUAUAUAUAUAUAUAUAUAUAUAUAUAUAUAUAUAUAUAUAUAUAUAUAUAUAUAUAUAUAUAUAUAUAUAUAUCCCUCAAUAGGCCUAUAUGCUUUUGAACAAAUGUAAAGCUCAUUUCUUGUUUAAAUAAACAAAUAUGAAAACUAAAAUCGUUCAAUUGAAAUCAACUUGAUCAAACUAAAAAGUCAGGCAGUUCAUCCGCUGGUGAUAAUAGAAAAGUUCAGAUUUUGACUAAUUAAACGCGCAUUAGGCCUGUGAGAGGUAGCGGAGGUCAAAUCUGAAUCUCUCUAAUUACGAUUAGGCGACGAGGGAUGUUGAUGAAAAUUUACUACAUUGUCUUCGGUUUGCUAUACACUCUAUUUUUACUUGUAUUUUUAAAAUUAAAGUGAAAUGUGAUUCAAUCCAAUUUGUUUUGUUUUGUUUUUUAGUCCGGUGCUGCUCAUUCAGUUUGUGAACGUGGUGGGAAAUGUGGUGACGGGUCAUGCGAAUGUGAUGUCAAAUACGAAGGUGAAAGAUGUGAUCGGGAGCGAGGUAUGUUUCGAGUCAAUGCUUUAUUUCAUCAAUUGCAAGGUAUUUAAACACAAGCGCUUGUUUUCAAAAGAAAGCCUUGGCCAAGCAAUAUUGAAUAUGCCGCUUGACCAACAAUGGUGUAUCCCAAUUAAGACCCGAAUAAUUUAAACUUGUAUAAUUAACAUAAUCCAUUGUAUAGAUUUAAUGCAUAUCAUCUAAACUGUUCCAAAUUCGUAUAGGCAAUGAAAAUCUAUAACUUCAUUCAACCUCGUACAAAAUUGAUUUCCAGGACGCCAAGGGCGUCAAUUCUGGGGGUAGGGACGCGUCCCCCUCACUUUUUGGAUAGUGGCACAUUCGUAAUAUAAUCUAUUAAUAUAAUAAAUUACGUUUAUUGGUCGACUUUGUUAGAGCAUUGUUGUUAUUAAAGCACGACUUCUGUCAUCAUAUAUGCAUGAUGACAAAGAUCGGAUUUCAUUGGGGACUACUUUGUCCACCCUGUGUAUGUUUUUAUAUAGAAACAACUAUAUAACUAAAGACAAACUUCACAUUGUUUUAUAAACUUGCACUUUCUUCUAAUAUUUUAUUUUCUAGUUUUCAAAUCAUGUGCCGAGAUUUUGAGCAUAUCAAGGUAAAUACAAGAGUAACAUAAUUCGUAGGCAAUUAAACUAAAUUACAGUAUGACCUUGUAAUGCUGGAGCACAAGUAUUGUUGUUUUGCGUUUUAAUUUUAUAUUGCAAAUCCCAAUUUUAGUGUAGAUCUAGGGGUAGUAAAAUUGCGGAUGGAAGCGGAAUAGUAGUUUGAAUAUCAAUAUUUGAGGUAGGAAUAUGAAUAUAUAGGUUAGGAAUAUUCAAAAUUGACAGUAAAAUUCUGUUGUGAAUAUUGGAAACAAAGUUCUAGUGAAUGUUUGUAUCCCCCCCCCAUAAAAAAGUUAUAAUGAAUAUUUGUUCCCCCCUAUCUCCCCUGUCGCCAGGUAUUUCAGGAAUUUUGAAAUACACAGAGACUGUACAUUAAUUCUCAUGGCCAGGCAUAUUACUGCAUGCAUGAUUUGCGAUAUUGCAUCAAUUUACUACAAUUCUAUAUUAUUUCCUUCUUAGCGAUGCAAAAGAUGCAUGGUGUUUACAAAAUAAAGACAGACACGACGUCAAACCACACGAGCGUGUAUUGUCAAAUGACGUCACUUGUAGGUUGUGCAGGUGGUGGGUGGACCAUGGUGAUGAAAAUUAAUGGCUCAAAGGCAAGCUUUUUCUCGUGAGAUCAUCACAUUUAUAUUCAUACGAGUGUUUAUAUUGCAAGCAUAUGGUGACUCGAGUGAACAUGAUAGUCAUACAGAGUUUUUUAAGAAUAAUAGAUCUGCACAUAUAUUGUAUUCAAACAUGUCAUAGCAAGAAUUAACUUGACCUAAUUUCCUAUACCUACAUGCAAGUUUGCUGAACACUGUGAGGAAGGAUAUUAGAUUUUUUCGAAAAUUCCAUCUACAAACAACACAUCCACCAUAUAUUAGGUUCUAUCGAACAAAAUUCACCAAAAUGUCGCCUUAAAGGGAAAUGGUAAUAUAUUUUUUACUUUCUCAUUUCAAAGAACUUUCAAGACUAUAUAUACACUAAAUUUUUAUCGUUUUUUGAUCGAAAGGAAUGAAAUGUCCGCCAUCUUCGAUUUUUGUAGAUAUGCAUGCACGUCACAACAGGGGUCACGCAAUAUUUUUAUCUAGACAACCACAGAUCAUUUUGCACUCAAAACUAUACUCUGUCUGCCCUUCGAAAUAUCAAAUCAUGUUAUUUAUCAUGUUACAUAAAAUAACACAAUAUUGUACAUUUACAGAGCACAUUCGAGUACAAUUCAACAUUAUGGGAGAACAAAGAGAGUUUCAACAUUGAAGCUGGACAAACUGCACUUGAUUUGGAAGAAACCAAACUACCAACUUUUUGGAGUACUUCAUUUAAGGAGCUGUGCAUUGGCAUGAAAGUUGGAAAUGAUCUCAACUUUUUGUCCUUCAGUUAUCCAGCAAGCUCGCUGUACACUUUGUUCGCAGACCGCAUAUACAGAUCUACAAAUAUAACGCGUGGAGAAUGGAAGUCCUUGCUCGCAGGCUCAUCUUUACAAACUGGCUGCCGUAAACAAGGGUUUAAUGUGGAUUCGCACUUUGUGGAUGUCAGAUUGGGAUACAUAGGAAACGAGCAGAAUGAUUGUCUUAGUACUGACUCAUAUAUAGGUAUUGGCAGUAAUUCUGGGAAAAAUACCUGGUGUCAUUCCCAGCGGUCAAAAACUCACGUAAACAUUGCAGGGAAUUUUGCUGGUUGUUCUGCUGAUAAUGGGAACGUGGAUAUUACAGCAAUGGCUUAUCUUCUGGUUCGUUGA